CGCGGUUCUGAGGAUAUACAUCCUUGAGUGAUGCAAUCUACUGCAGUGGUUGAGACAGCUUCUAAUAAAGGCUACUACAAUAAUGGAAGAAACAUUCAGAAAGAUGAGCCUUCUAAUCCCAAGAAAGAAAAUUUGUUAUCUCCUAAUGGUUGUAAAGCAGCCAAAUUGACUUUUCUUAAUGAUUACUGUGAUUCCUUGGCAUUAGAAAAAAGAGCUAAUGACAAAGAAAUCAGCAAUAUUGACAAAACAGAUUUAUUGGAGCCAUCUUUUACCACAAGUCCAGAUACUAACAUAGAGAGUGCUUACUCUCAGUCAGGUGAAUUUGAAGAUAGUACUGACUAUGCUUUCCUGAAUGAAACCUACACUAUACAUUAUUCAGAGUCAAAACUAAAGAGUGAAAGUCUUAUUCAUUUAAAUUCAGAAUUAGAUUCUGAAAUGCAGAAAAGAGAAGAGGUGUUUUUUGAUAUUUUGGAAUAUCAAGGUAAUAAGACUACUGACUUGGAAAGAAUCUACAAGAUUUCAUAUGAUGACUAUGAAAAAACUGCUGAAGAUGUGCAAAAGCCUGAUAUAGAUGAAGACUCACAGCAGGAAUAUCACAGUGCAGAAGAACAAGAGAAUAUAAAUAACCAUUUAUCAUUUGACCAGGCAAAAACAUUAGACAUACCUAAUCUGGAAGUUUUGGGAUUAAGAAAUUCAGGCUGUGAAGUUAAAUGUGCUAGCAAUCUAGAAGACAGUCAUGUUAAAUUGGAAAGUAAUUUCAUCUCUUCAGAUUCAGUUGAUGUUUAUGGACGAGAAGAUUCACCUCGUGUCUCCAAGUUUCAGAAUUCUGUUACGUUGAGAGCAUUUCCCGCACCUAAGCAUGGAAAGGGUAAGGAGCAAGAGGCUAGUUUACUGCUUCACACAGUGUUGGAUGAAGUUGUGCUCAGGAGCAGUCAUCCUGAGCACAAGGAGUCUCAGUCUGCGGGUUUUCUAAACCCUCAGAAAGCAUCAAAAACUAAAAUUUAUACUUGCAAAAUGAGCCCUCAAUUAACUGAAAGUAAAGAUUCUACUGGAAAUUUAAUUGUUGAGGACAAAAUGUUACAGCACCUUGACAAUCCAGGCACAUUGCCUCACGACAAAGAUUUAGAGAGUUUACUCCAGCCUUGUAAAGAUUGUCAGACUUCCUCUGUUUUUGAUGAUUCAGUAGUUUCUGCCUGUGGGUAUUCACAUUAUGAAAGCCUACAAAGCACCCCUAACAUAGCCUUAGAUGUUUCUAUUACUCUACCAAGGUCUGCAAUCAGAAAAAAUCAGGCAGUAGAAGAAAGUGGCUCCCUAAAAGUUGCUAAUGGCAAUACCAUCAGUAAAGCACACUUUUGCAAUACGGAAGGACCAUGUCCCAAAUCAGUGACAGAUGCAGCAGGUUGUACAGUCACAGUUAAUCAGACGGUGGAUGUUAGUGCUGAUUUUAGGGCUUGUUUCACAACAAGCAGGGCAACAAGUGCAAGAUCUUCUGUAGUAUCCACAUCAAGCAACACAGAGAUAACAAUGAUGAAUAAAAAACGGCCUAGUGAAUGGCAAAGUGAGAAACAAAGAAGUGUGGCUUGUAACACAGAUUGGUCAUACAUUCAAGAUACUAAAGAUCCACAGAUGGCUAUGACAAAAGGACCUUCAGGGAAAUCUCUCUCCGUUGACAGUCUAAAACCUAACAGAAAUGUCCCAAAUAAGGAUUCCCUGGAGUUAAAAACAUUCGAGUUCACAGACUUAAAGAAACAUUCUGAAAGGGAACCUCAGCUUCCUAAAGAGGGAGAGAAGAAUUUGCCAUCGAAGUGCUGUCAGCAGAUAAUGCAGAGAGCCAUCCAAGCCGAGUCGCAUCUUUUAAAUGUUCACUAUCAGUUGUGCCGUCGCCAUUGCAGUGAUAUUUACAGACUUGUGAUGGAAGAUAAGGAAGGACUAAAUAGGAAUUUAUCAAGUAAUUCUACUAAGAAGGAAUUAGGACCAGCACUACUGUCAGUUUUAGGAGACUUAAAAGUUAGAUACAUGAAUUUGAAAGAAAAGAUAAACAAGGGUAUACCACUAGAAGAACUGCCUCCCUUGUCAAUAGAAUCAAGAUUAUUAUCUGCCUUCUCUACUUUUGCUUCCAGGCUAGUGAAAGAAGAGUCACCUAUCUUUUCAGGAGCAGAUUCUGAACUAGAUAAUCAAAGUACACAUGAUGUUGGUUCUUCCAGCCUAAAGAAGACACUCUCUCAAACACCUCUGUUACUUGACAAUGGUCAUCCUAAACAAGAUAAAUCACCUGAAAAGGGUGGUUCAAAAAAUGGUGAUAUAGAUGUAGACUUGAGUCAACUAAAGCUUGAUGAUAAAGACUGCAAAAAUUACCGAGAAGUAAAUGAAGACUGGUUUGAUGCUAAAGAGAACCUGACUGGAGCAGACUUCUCAGGCAUACAAGAAAAUCAGAUAGAACAAGACAAAGGGGACCCGAAGUUUACACUUGAAAUAAAGAAAGUGGAACCCUUACGAAGAGAGAAAGGUUACUUGAUACAUGUUGGUGGUCUCUGCCCUUCAGUGUCUGAGGCUGAUUUAAGGUCUUAUUUCCAGAAAUAUGAAAUUUCUGACAUUUCAAUUUAUGACUCUUCUCCUAAUUACAGAUAUGCAUCUCUUGCUUUUAAAAAAAACAGUGAUGCAAAGAUGGCUGUGAAAGAAAUGAACGGUAUAGAAAUAAAUGGGAAAUCAGUAAAUGUGCGGCUUGUCAAAACUCCUGGAGAAUAUACAUCACCACUUUCCUCCAAAAAUGGAAAUAAAGUUAGUUUCAGUAAUUUGGAAAAAAACACCAGCAAAGAAAUCAGCUCACCCUCCUCUAUUUCUAGACUGCCCAGAACUCGGCCGAGACAGCUGGGGUCUGAGCAAGACAGUGAGUUCUUCCCUUUUGACCAAAAGGGUAUAAAGAAGAAUUGUAAACAGAUUGAGUCUACUAAAUUAUUACCUGAUACACCUAUUCAAUUCAUACCUCCAAAUACAUUGAACCUGCGUAGUUUUACCAAGAUAAUGAAGAGACUGGCUGAACUACAUCCAGAAGUUAGCAGAGAUCACAUUAUAGAUGCUCUUCAGGAAGUAAGAGUAAAUCGUAAAGGUUUUCUGAAUGGCUUAUCUAUUAAUACGAUUGUGGAAAUGACUUCCUCUGUUUUGGAAAACUCUGCUUCCAGUUAGGAAUAAAAGAAGCAAUAAGAGAAUUUCCUUGGAAAGC